CAAAAAGGUAGUGCUUAACGAUAAUAUAUAAUGGUACGGUCUCAUGUACUUUAAUUUCCAUUUCCUUCAGGCUUUCCCACUAUCCAUAUGGUAGUGGAAACAAGUCUACAAUUUUAUGUUUCUUCAACUGGAUUCCUUUAAUAAUCCCCAAAAUUCUGCAAAUAAGAUUUGUCUAUCUUUAUAGAAUAUUUAUUAGUUGCUAAGCUAGCUAGCUGCAUGUUGAAUAAUUCAGAAUCUUUUUCUUCUUCCUCCUCUUCUUCGCGGCCGUCGAUAGCUUUUCCCCUAGGUCUAGCUCUUCUUGUCCUAGUUCUUGUUUGUCUAAGUGGAUUAUUUUGUUGUUGCUACCAUUGGGAUAAGCUUCGAUCCCUUCUUUGUUAUUCAACUUCUGCUCAUGAUGAUGAUGAUCAAUCCUCAUUAGAUGAGCAAUCAACAGUUUCAGCUAAUUAUUCUAAGUCUAUACAGGUGAUGGAGCAGAAAAAAAAUGAGAGCUUGACAAUAUUGAUGCCAGGAGAUGAUAUUCCAAAGUUUGUGGCUUUGCCUACUCCACGUCGCUCUAUUCUCCAACUCGAAACGCUUGUAUAGACUAUGUCUUUUUAAUAUUUUAAGUUUGUAAA